UGUCCACUCAAAUGGGUGAUGAAAAGGACUCCUGGAAAGUGAAGACCUUAGAUGAGAUUCUGCAGGAGAAGAAGCGCCGCAAGGAGCAGGAGGAGAAGGCGGAGACCAAGCGCCUGAAAAGCUCUGAUGACCGGGACUCCAAGAGGGAUUCCCUGGAGGAGGGGGAGCUGAGGGACCACCGCAUGGAGAUCACGAUUCGCAACUCGCCCUACAGGAGAGAGGACUCCAUGGAGGACAGAGGCGAGGAAGACGAUUCUUUGGCUAUCAAGCCGCCCCAGCAAGUGUCUCGGAAAGAAAAGGCUCACCACAGGAAAGACGAAAAGCGGAAAGAGAAGCGUCGGCACCGCAGCCAUUCCGCGGAAGGGGGGAAGCACGCCAGAGUGAAAGAGAAAGAGAGAGAGCACGAGCGUCGGAAACGGCAUCGAGAAGAGCAGGAUAAAGCCCGCCGGGAGUGGGAGAGGCAGAAGAGGCGGGAGAUGGCUCGAGAACAUUCCAGGAGAGAGAGGGACCGCCUGGAGCAGCUGGAGCGCAAGCGGGAGCGGGAGCGCAAGCUGCGGGAGCAGCAGAAGGAGCAGCGGGAGCAGAAGGAGCGCGAGCGGCGGGCGGAGGAGCGGCGCAAGGAGCGCGAGGCCCGCAGGGAAGUGUCGGCCCACCACCGGACCCUGCGGGAGGACUAUGGCGACAAGGGGAAGGCCGGCCACUGGGCCCGCAGCCCGCUGCGGCCGCCCCGAGAGAGGCCGGAGCCCGGGGAUGGCCGGAAGCCAGCCUUUCCCCAGACCCACCUGGGUGUCCGUGUCACAGUGAAAGAGGAGAAGGUGGAGGAGAGAGACCUGCUGUCGGACCUGCAGGACGUCAGCGGCAGCGAGCGCAAGAGCAGCUCCGCCGCGUCCUCGUCAGCGGAAUCGGGGUCCGGCUCCGAGGAGGAGGAAGAGGAGGAGGAGGAAGAGGAGGAGGAGGAGGAGGAGGAGGGGAGCAGCAGUGAAGAAUCGGAGGAGGAGGAGGAGGAGGAAGAAGAGGAGGAGGAGGAGGAGGAGGAGACUGGGAGCAACUCUGAGGACGCAUCCGGACAGUCGGCCGAAGAAGUGAGCGAGGAGGAGAUGAGCGAGGAGGAAGAGCAAGAGAGCGAGAACCACAUCCUCACGGUUCCAGAGUCACGGUUUGACCGCGAUUCGGGGGAGAGCGAAGAAGGGGAGGAAGAGGUGGGCGAGGGCACCCCACAGAGCAGUGCGCUGACCGAAGGAGACUUCGUGCCCGACUCCCCGGCGCUGUCGCCCAUCGAGCUCAAACAAGAGCUGCCCAAGUACCUGCCCGCACUGCAGGGCUGCCGGAGCGUGGAGGAGUUCCAGUGCCUGAACAGGAUCGAGGAGGGCACCUACGGGGUGGUGUACCGCGCCAAGGACAAGAAAACAGAUGAAAUCGUGGCCCUGAAGAGGCUGAAGAUGGAGAAGGAGAAGGAAGGCUUCCCCAUCACGUCGCUGAGGGAGAUCAACACCAUCCUCAAGGCCCAGCACCCCAACAUAGUCACCGUCAGGGAGAUCGUGGUGGGGAGCAACAUGGACAAGAUCUACAUCGUGAUGAACUACGUGGAGCACGACCUCAAGAGCCUCAUGGAGACCAUGAAGCAGCCCUUCCUGCCAGGGGAGGUCAAGACCCUGAUGAUCCAGCUGCUGCGCGGCGUGAAGCACCUGCACGACAACUGGAUCCUGCACCGGGACCUCAAGACUUCCAACCUGCUGCUGAGCCACGCGGGCAUCCUCAAGGUGGGGGACUUCGGGCUGGCCCGGGAGUACGGGUCCCCGCUGAAGGCCUACACGCCGGUGGUGGUCACCCUGUGGUACCGCGCCCCGGAGCUGCUGCUGGGCGCCAAGGAGUACUCCACGGCUGUGGACAUGUGGUCAGUGGGCUGCAUCUUCGGGGAGCUGCUCACUCAGAAGCCCCUGUUCCCCGGGAAGUCAGAAAUCGACCAGAUCAACAAAGUCUUUAAGGACCUGGGGACGCCCAGUGAGAAAAUCUGGCCUGGCUACAGUGACCUUCCCGCCGUCAAGAAGAUGACCUUCACGGAGUACCCCUACAACAACCUCCGCAAGCGCUUCGGGGCCCUGCUCUCGGACCAGGGCUUCGACCUCAUGAACAAGUUCCUGACCUAUUUUCCUGGGCGGAGGGUGAACGCGGAGGACGGCCUCAAGCACGAGUACUUCCGGGAAACCCCGCUCCCCAUCGACCCCUCCAUGUUCCCCACGUGGCCCGCCAAGAGCGAGCAGCAGAGGGUGAAACGCGGCACCAGCCCCCGGCCCCCGGAGGGCGGCCUGGGCUACAGCCAGCUGGGUGACGACGACCUGAAGGAGACGGGCUUCCACCUCACCACCACCAACCAGGGCGCCUCCGCCGCCGGCCCCGGCUUCAGCCUCAAGUUCUGAGGGCCAGCGAGCACGGGCGCGCCGCAGGGCCGGCGCAGGGCUCCGGCGUUGCCCCGGCCCCCACGUCUUGUUUUUUACUUGGCUUGUAAAUUUGUAGAAUUAAACCACGUUUUCCUCGUUGU